GGCGCGUGCUUCGCCUGCCAAAGCAGGAGCCGGCAUCCACGGUGUUCCCGGGCCGCACGGCCACAGCCGGCGGGCUCUCCGGGCGGGUCCUCCUGACCCUCCACCUCAGCUCUCCAGACUCGCCUCGAUCUCCGUCGGGAUAGCGGCAAAGGCAAGAAACACAAUCUUCUUUGGUGCCGCGCUGUCUCCGCCAGGAAAAGACAGCAAGUUGUGCUGCGCCCGGGACCCGCGAGGGACCGCAGCCGCCGCCCGGCCGGGGGCCGCCAGCCAUCUUCACUCCAAAGUAUGAGAAGCUGAUUGCGGUAAGACUGAAUCUCUGUUACAGCAAGUCGCUACUAUACACGCCUUGAAGAACAGUGGACUACCUGGGAGUUUUUUGUGACUACACACCUUCCUUCACACCUUCAGUGCAAUCGCAUUGGGCCCUCCUUGCACUGCCUAUUGGAAGAUGGCGUCCAGCCUGACUUGUACUGGGGUGAUCUGGGCUUUGCUUUCCUUCCUUUCCGCUGCCACGUCCUGUGUGGGGUUCUUCAUGCCGUACUGGCUCUGGGGGUCUCAACUAGGCAAGCCUGUAUCCUUCGGCACUUUCCGGAGGUGUUCCUAUCCUGUUCACGAUGAGAGUCGGCAGAUGAUGGUGAUGGUGGAGGAGUGUGGGCGCUAUGCCUCCUUCCAGGGGAUCCCCAGCACUGAGUGGAGGAUCUGUACCAUAGUGACAGGCCUGGGCUGCGGCCUGCUGCUCCUGGUGGCUCUCACUGCCCUGAUGGGUUGCUGUGUGUCGGAACUCAUCUCCAGGACCGUAGGAAGAGUGGCUGGGGGAAUCCAGUUCCUGGGGGGCUUGUUGAUUGGCGCUGGCUGUGCCCUCUACCCCUUGGGCUGGGACAGUGAGGAAGUGCGGCAGACUUGUGGCUACAUCUCUGGCCAGUUUGACUUGGGCAAGUGUGAGAUCGGCUGGGCCUACUACUGCACCGGGGCGGGGGCUGCGGCCGCCAUGCUGCUGUGUACAUGGCUGGCGUGCUUCUCAGGCAAGAAGCAAAAGCACUACCCCUACUGAGGUCAUCGGUCGGGAGCCAGCCGAGGAGAGGACAGACCACAGGAGACCAGAGGGCCCGAAGCAUCCAGCGACUUUCACAAGGUGGAAUAGUGGUUGUAAACCCAGAACAGUGUUCAUGUGAUGAGAUUUGGUUGAAUCUGGAACAUUCUAGAGGAAGGGAGGGUGGUGGGGACAUUGUCAUUGUCAAAAGCAUGGAGAAUAUGGGACAGUGGAGGAAAAUGGACCAAAGGCUAAAAGCAUUGCAGGGCAUUGGUAUUUCUAUUCCACAGAGUACCGUUAAUGUAUAUCAUAUACGCAGCAAAUCUAUAUAUGCAAACGAGGAUCUCAUUUUUGUUCUCCUUCAAAAAGAUGAGGACUAGGGGAGUCAAAAGGGCUAGUAGAAACAGUAUUAUCUUAGGAAGCAGGAUGAGUACCCUGCAGACAUUCCCUGUAGAUGAGGACUGAGCCUGAAAGCACAUGAGUACGUGCACACAUAUGCACACAUCAUAUUCAUACAUCACACGCACAUGCUAUAUGCACAGGUCAUACGCACAUGCCAUAUGCAUACAUCACACCACUGCACAGGGGGUCAGCUGUGUACUGCUGUUCCUGUUUCCUUUUUUUUUUUUUAAUAUGCAUCAGGACAACAUCAUCACUAAGCAUACAUUAAGCCUAGUCCAUGGACCAAUAUGCCACUCUAUCAGUAUUUUUGAUAUCCUGCAUAAACUCUUUAUGCCCACAGCAUAUCUUUAGUGUUUAUGCAGAUCUUUAGAGGAAAGCCUUCAUAUUUCAAUGUUAUUCAAAGACACACAGUAGUGACCUGAGUAGCUUCUGCUGUAAUAACCUUAUGUAGAACAGGGACAGCUUUUGUCUACUAAAGGUGAGAAUUCAGUUGCAGAUUUGAGAGUGGAGAGAGUUCUUUCUCCAGUUGUUGGAUCUUGUUUUCUUUUCUCCAUUAUUCGACUGUGCUAUACCAUGAUUAUUUCAAUAUUCAUUUUGUAAAGGGAAAAAAAAGUACUAUUUUGUUUGUAUUUGAAAAGCUCUGUGAAUAAAUUCUCUUUGACCAAUAGC